CCUAUUAGCUAUUGCUUUCACAAAUUUAUGUUUAAUCAACUUGCUUCAUUUAAGGGUCUUUUAAGUUAUUUUUUCUUCAAACUCUUCGGCACUUUCUCCUCCUUCCUUGUUGAGAGAAGAAUUGAUUUGGUCUAUGGAGGUGGUAGCGUGGGUUUGAUGGGUCUAGUUUCUCAGGCGGUUCAUGAUGGUGGGCGCCAUGUUCUGGGCGUUAUCCCAAAAAGCCUCAUGCCAAGAGAGAUAACUGGUGAUCCUAUUGGGGAAGUGAGAGCAGUAUCUGAUAUGCAUCAAAGGAAAGCUGAGAUGGCUCGUCAAGCUGAUGCAUUCAUUGCCCUUCCUGGGGGAUAUGGAACACUCGAAGAAUUGCUGGAAAUCAUUACAUGGGCUCAGCUUGGGAUCCACAGCAAACCGGUGGGCCUAUUGAAUGUGGAUGGAUUUUACAAUUCCUUGUUGUCUUUCAUUGACAAGGCCGUUGAUGAAGGCUUUAUUUCACCAAAAGCACGUCGCAUUAUCGUGUCAGCACCCACAGCUAAAGAUUUGGUUAGGGAGCUAGAGGAACAUGUACCUGAGAGAGAUGAAGUUGUAUCCAAGUUGGUGUGGGAAGACAGGCUAAAUUACGUGGUGCCUGAAUCAGAAGUUGCCAUGUGACCGAUCUAUGCGCUUUAGUGGGUGAUUGAUGAAUGAACACCAUAGUUUUGGGGUCUUCUAUGGAUCAUUUUGUUGUUUUAAAUGUAUUUUGGGUACAUAAAAAUAGUCAAUAUAUAUGGGCAUAGGAAUCGUAGGACCAUACAACAUCCCUUUUUUUGUUUUUUUUUCCCAACUUGUGUUGAUCACCCCCCGCCCCCCUUACUAUACAGAAAAUGAGGGUAGUUUUAAAAUAUGGAAAAUCAUCAAUGGAAGUUAUGUUACCAAUCA